AUGCGUUGUGUCUCAGACGGCCUGGACCUGUCUAUGGAGCUUUCCGAUAUCCAAACCCUGGAUCGAACGGUCACGCCUGUGAAUGCAACCCGCUUCGAGGUCAUCAGGUCCUAUCUCAAAAGCCUCGAUCAUGCCAUCAUGAUGGUCCGCCAGUGUGUGUUUCGCAUAGCCCCUUCUCAGGAGACUUCUUCGCGCGGCCAAUAUCUCUCUCCAUUUCCCGGGGUCUCAACGGCACCGCUCGAAAUCGACCCCGUCAAGUCCUGGAUCUACUCCCUCAACACGAUCCCCAAGCUUCUUCACCAUCAACCCCACUGCGACGGUCAAUGA